AUGAAGACUCCUCCAAACUCUAAGGAUGAGUUGGAGGAGGUUGAUUCGGAUGAGGUCUUCCCUAUGUUCAGAGAUGGAGGUAGGUUUGGGCAGCUUAGGCUUGCGGUUGGAAUGACAUUCGCUACAAAGAUGGAGUUCAAAGAGGCUGUGCGUGAAUAUUGUAUACAAGAGGGUCGCAGGAUUUGGUUUAAGAAGAAUGAUAAUGUAAGGAUGAGAGCAGUGUGUAAGGAUGAGAACUGUGGCUGGCUUGUGUAUGCUGCUAACAACACAGAGAACAAUUACUGGCAGAUCAAGACGUUCAUGGAUGACCACAGUUGUGCAAGGAAAACCAAAAAUAGACUGGCUAAUAGGAAGUGGUUGGCCGGAAAAUUGGUGAAGAAGCUUCGAAAAUAUCCUAAUCUAAGACACUGUGAGGCUGCUCAGUAUUUUAAGACAAAAUGUGACUUGGAACUAAGCAAGUGUUCAUUGACUAGGGCCUUAGGAAAUGCUAGGGCUGUUGUGCAUGGUGAUGCUGCUGCCCAGUAUGGGAUGAUAUACAUUUGCUUGGAUGCCUGUAAGAAGGGAUUUUUGGCUGGCUACAGACCCCUCAUAGGCUUGGAUGGAGCUUUUCUGAAGACCCAGCAUAGUGGUCAGAUCUUGUCUGCAAUUGGACAAGAUGCAAACAAUCACAUAUAUGUGAUUGCAUAUGCAAUUGUCCCUGUUGAAAAUACUGAAAACUGGAGGUGGUUCUUGGAAUUACUUCAUCAAGACUUGGGAGAUUAUAAGCAAAACAAGCUCUAUUUCAUAUCAGAUAUGCAGAAGAUAGUGAACUGCUGUGACUUAAUAGAUCGACUACUGCUCCAUGAACUGCUUAUAUAUGCUGAACUACUGAUCAAAGAAGUUAGAGCCAAACCUAUCGUUACACUCUUAGAAGAAGUCAGAAUGUAUGCAAUGAGGUCCAUCGCUAGGAACAAAGUGAAGCUUAGUUCGAACACUGGGAUUCUACCACCUAUACAGCGUAGCAGGUUAGAAAAGAUAAGGAAGGAGUCAAAGAGUUGGGUCCCAAUGUGGUCUGGUGACUCUGAAUAUGAGAAAUUCGAGGUUCAUGGGUAG